GUGAAUCUCGUAUUGUGAGGCAGUCUGUCGUGGCAGAAGCACAAAUGAGCCGCGUACUGUGCCGGAGUGUGUUAUCGUUACGAUUGAUAAGAGUGCCGAUGGCUCGUAAUUCUUCGUCUUUCCUCAUUGAGGACCCUAAAUAUUCCUUUUUAAAGGAAUUAGGACUGAAAGAAAAGAAUGUAGGAGUGUUUAACGGUAAAUGGGAGGCGAAUGGUCCGGUAAUCCAGUCCUACAGCCCUGCUAAUGGCAAGAUCAUAGCAGAGGUGCAGGCCGCCAGCCCAGCUGACUACGAAGCCUGUGCCGUCGCCGCGCAAGAGGCAUGGCACUCCUGGGCAGAGCUGCCGGCUCCCUCAAGGGGAGAGAUCGUCAGGCAAAUUGGAGACGCCCUGAGGGAGAAACUACAGCCCCUUGGUCAACUUGUAUCUUUGGAAAUGGGUAAGAUCCUCCCUGAAGCAUUAGGUGAGGUUGUGGAAUACAUUCACGUGUGCGACUUGGCUCUGGGCCUGUCGAGGACAUUGCCUGGCACUAUCUUCCCGUCAGAGCGGCCAGGACACGUGCUUCUAGAGAAAUGGAACCCUCUCGGCGCUGUGGGUAUCAUCACCGCCUUCAACUUCCCAGUCGCUGUGUUUGGAUGGAAUAGCGCUCUGGCUAUGGUAUGCGGUGACGUCAGCGUAUGGAAGCCAUCAGACACCACGCCCCUCACAGCUGUCGCUGUGACCAGGAUAGUGGAGAGCGUGCUGGAGAAGAACAACAUCCCUGGAGCAGUUGCAGCGCUCUGUGUCGGCGGCAAGGACAUCGGCGAGAAAAUUGUUAAAGAUGAGAGAAUGAAACUCGUGUCUUUCACUGGAAGCACGGCUGUUGGACAACAGGUGGGCGUUGAAGUCCAAAGACGUUUUGGUCGCCACCUACUGGAGCUGGGCGGAAACAAUGCCAUCAUAGUGAACGCUGAUGCCAACCUUGAUUUGUUGCUGAACGCCGCACUAUUCGCAUGUGCCGGAACCGCAGGACAACGCUGCACAACUACCAGGAGGCUGCUCAUUCACAAGAAGGUAUACAGCGAAGUAGUGAGCCGUCUCUCCAAAGCCUUCGCUGGAGUAGUGAGCAGGAUAGGCGACCCUCUGCUGUCUGAGACCCUGAUCGGACCUCUGCACACGCCCGCCGCCUUGGAAGGCUACAAGAAGACUGUGGCGGAAGCCGUCAAACAAGGAGGCAAGAUCGAAUUUGGUGGCAAGGUAAUUGAACGUGAAGGCUACUUCGUCGAGCCAACCAUCAUCACCGGCCUGCCGCACGACUCGCCCUUAGUGAAGACCGAAACCUUUGCUCCCAUCGUAUACUGCAUCGAGAUCCCAGACCUGGACACUGGCAUCAAGUACAACAACGAAGUAGAACAGGGUUUGUCCUCAAGUGUCUUCACCGAGAACCUUGGAGAUAUAUUCAAGUGGAUUGGUCCCCACGGUUCAGAUUGCGGCAUCGUCAACGUUAACAUUCCCACAAACGGCGCCGAAGUUGGUGGAGCUUUUGGCGGCGAGAAGGCAACAGGCGGCGGCCGCGAGUGCGGCUCCGACUCCUGGAAGAACUACAUGAGGCGCUCCACUGUUACUAUCAACUACUCCGGUACUAUUAAACUGGCGCAGAACAUCAAGUUUGGAGAUGAAUAAGUUUUGCUAGUUACAGGAAACUCGCCCUUAUGUACUGUCAUAUUUCGAUCAUUACUGAUGGCACUUUUUCUAAUAUCGUGAAAAUCUAAAUAUACACUAUAAUUCAUCGUCUAUAAAUCAUAGAUUUUCAUAUUUGUGGCUUGCAUAUAUGGAAUGACUCGUGAUAUAAUUAUGAGGAGUUAUAAUUUCAACAUUUAAUUAUUAAGUUAUGUCAUAAAUAUAUUCCUAAGAUGUCGCUGUACACAGUAUUUCCAUAUAAAUGUAAUGAAAAAUUCAUAUGAUACUGUAAGACUGACAGACUUGUAAAGAAAUAAAAGUUUAAGAUCA